CUUAGGGCAUGCAGAGAGACUCUCUCUCAUUGUUUGGUGUAACUGCUGGAAUGCUCACAUCCCUGAUGUCUGAGGAAAUCAAAAUCCCCACAUUACGGAGCAAUAGCUAGCUUGGGGAGUCUGCCGUGCAGUCAUGAAGGUUGAAAAAACUUAUUGAUCAAGAAACAGCCUAUCAGGCAAAAAAAGACAAGGAACACAGCAAGAAAGUAAACAAACUGAGGGAAGAGCUGACAAAACUGAAGUCAUUUGCUUUAAUGGUUGUGGAUGAACAGCAAAGGCUUACAGAACAAUUAAACCAGCAACGCCAAAAGAUUGAAGAGCUCACUGCUGUGGCAGAACAAGCUCAUGAGAAACUCUCCACUGCACAAACCAACGCUCAAGAAGAGGAGCAGAAAGUCCUCCGGCUGGAAGCAGAAUUUCAGACCCAAACAGACAAGGCUGCCCAAGAACAGGAAGCUACAAUGGCCAAACUAACCAAUGAAGAGAGCCAGAACCGCCAGCUCAGGUUAAAAUUAACAGCUCUCAGUCGACAAAUUGAUGAACUUGAAGAGACUAAUAAAUCCCUACAAAAGGCUGAAGAAGAACUCCAAGACCUGAGAGAAAAAAUCACGAGAGGAGAAUGUGGAAAUUCUACCCUGAUGUCUGAAGUGGAGGAGCUCAGGAAACGAGUUCUGGAAAUGGAAGGGAAAGAUGAAGAGCUCAUCAAAAUGGAAGAGCAGUGCAGGGAGCUCAAUAAGAAGCUUGAAAAAGAAGCCUCGCAAGGUAAGAACUUUAAAGCAGAAGUUGAUAAACUCAACAAGAGGAUUAUGGAACUGGAGAGAUUGGAGGAUGCUUUUAGCAAGAGCAAGCAGGAAUGCCACUCUCUGAAAUGCAGCCUAGAAAAAGAAAAAAUGUUAACAAAGCAGCUGUCGCAAGAACUGGAUGGCUUAAAAGCUCGGCUGGGAGAACUUGAGACCAUCGAAAGCAGGCUGGAGAAAACAGAGUUCACACUUAAAGAAGAGUUGACUAAACUGAAGUCACUGAUAGUAAUCCUGGUUGAUGAAAGGAAAACAGUCAACGAAAAAAUAAAACAAACUGAAGAAAAGCUCCAGGCCGCAAAUUCACAGCUUCAACUAGAGCAAAAAAAAGUCAUGUCAGUUACAGAAAAACUGAUUGAGGAAAGUAAAAAGGCAUUAAAAUCAAAGACUGAUGCUGAGGAGAAAAUGUCCAACCUUAUAAAAGAAAGGGACGAGCUGAAACACAAACUAAAAGCAGAGGAAGAGAAAGGAAAUGAUCUCAUCUCUAAGGCGAAUCUUCUAAGGAAAAAGCUUCAGUCCCUGGAAGCCAUUGAAAAGGAAUUCCUCAAAAAUAAACUGAAAGAGACCAGCAAACCUAACUCAGUUUUACAGCAGGAAAACAACAAAAUUAAAGAACUAGCCCAAGAAAUUGAAAGGCUCAAACACAAACUUAAUGAAAUGAAAUCUAUAGAAGAUGAUCUCAUGAAAACAGAAGAUGAAUUUGAAUCUCUAGAACGCAGAUAUAGUAACGAGCAAGAAAAGGCUCGUUUUCUGACAGAAGAACUUGAAGUUGCAAAAAGAGAACUGGCUCGGUACAAGUUAGCAGAGAAGUCAGAAUCUAAUCAUGAGCAAAGGCUGUUCAAAAAACUGAAGGAAGAAUCAGCCAAAUCAGGUCACCUUUCUAGGGAAGUAGAUGCACUGAAAGAAAAAAUUCACGAGUACAUGGCUACAGACGAUGUAAUAUGUCAUCUAAGGGAAGAUCAUACAAUCCUGCAAAGGAAAUUCACUCAGCAAGAAAACAAGAACAAAGAGUUAGUAAAAGAAAUGGAAAUCCUUACCAAAGAGCUAGACAGGUACAGGCGUUUCAGUAAGAGCCUCAGACCAAGUUUCAAUGGAAGGAGAAUUUCUGACUUGCAAGUGUUCUCUAAGGAAGUCCAAACAGAACCAGCAGACAAUGAACCACCUGAUUAUAAGAGUCUUGUUCCCUUAGAACGAGCUGUCAUAAAUGGACAUUUAUAUGAAGAGAGCGAUAAUGAAGAGGAUGACAACAAUGAUGAUGCGGAAACAGUGUCCUUCAGGUGCAAUUCGUCUGUUGCAAAUGCAGUAAAUAAUCAUAAACUUUGGAUCCCCUGGAUGAAGUCCAAAGAAAACCAUAUUCAAAAUGGAAAAGUACAUGCCAAGCAGAAUGGAAACUACAUUCAGCCUGGAAAUCUAGUACUGAGUCACAUGCCUGGCCAACCUCUUCAUAUAAAAGUUACUCCAGAUCAUGGUCACAAUACAGCCACCCUUGAAAUAACUAGCCCUACUACAGAGAGCUCUCAUUCUUUCACUAGUACUGCUGUGAUACCAAACUGUGGCACACCAAAGCAAAGGAUAACCAUCAUUCAAAAUGGAUCUUUAAUGCCUAUAAAAUCUAAACCAAUUGAUGGUUACUCAAGUCCAGAGCAAACAAUGACAUCUCUUACUAUGGCUGCCAUUGCUAGGUCCCAGACACCUGAAUCAUGUGGCUCAGUGACUCCUGAAAGAACAAUGUCCCCUUUAGCUCUGACAAACUCCACAAAUUCCCCAGAGCAGGUACUUUCACCAGAGCCCCUAGAAAUUGGUGACAAGCAUGCUGUCUUUAGAGUAUCUCCUGAAAGGCAGUCAUCUUGGCAGUUCCAAAGAUCUAAUAGUUCUGGUUCUAGUAUGAUAACUACUGAGGAUAAUAAAAUACAUAUUCAUUUAGGAAGCUCCUAUGUUCAAGGUAUUCCUAAUUCAGCAAAAACUGUUAGCUCUUGCACCCCUGCGCAGGAUAAAAGAACUCCAGUGGCGACUUACGGAACACCAAGUAAACCUAUCAACAAAGUCACCAGUAGCAUUACUAUUACACCAACAGCUACUCCUCUCCCACGACAAUCACAAAUUACAAUUGCUGAUGUCUUCCGUCAAGCAAUUCCUACUCGAAUUCCUAAAUCAAAGGCUACGACUGCAACUGUGGUACCAGUGAAGAUACCUACUGGACAACACAAUACACCACCCCAGAACAGUAAGGAUGGAAAACUGCACAUUACAAGAACAAUACCCAAUGCUGUCACUCAAAAUGGUGGAAAAACAUAGAUGACGGCUCAAUGAAUUACAAGUAAUAGAACUUCUAAUGCAGGCACAUCGUAGAAAUUUCUUGCAAAACCUGUGAAACUCCAUUGAUAGGUAGAAAAUAUGAUCACACUGGAACAAUAAAGGCAUGAUUCUGUUAUCCUCCAA